GUACAUGUAAAUGUUGUUAAUAAACCAAAUGGAGGUCCAGAAAAUCAGCAUCAAUGUUGGCCUGUUGCUUCUUUUGUGGUUGUGCAUCAACUUCAGGGUCACUUCAGGCAUCCAGAAACAUGUGCAGACCCUGCGGAAUGGGAACGAGCAGUCCAAAACUAGCAGCUGGUCGCGGGUCCGACAGCAACUGCAAACUGGCAGGGAAAAUCUUGCCCACAGGAGGGGUUUCUCUCAAACGGUCUUCACCGAUUGGGAGGACCAGACACCUGCACUUCUCCCUGACCAGCCGGCCCAGCCCUUUAGGCUCUUUACCCUGAAUGGUGUCAUCGAGUAUCCCAGUGCCCUCUUGUCCAACACGCCGAUGAUCUUCCACACCUUCAACAAUCACUCGGGUUUCUUGGAGUGCCUGUGGACCUCUGAGAGCUCCCUGCAGACGCUCAUCAAAGGGAGACCCUCCAACACGCAUUUUGUGUUUCUGCCGACCAGCGACGAUCCAUUGAAGGAGACCCUUUGGAUGAGGGAACAGAUUCAGGGAGCAGUGGAGAGAAUGGGAUUACUUGAGAGGGAUGGUGGUUUACAGUCCCAGUUUCACUUUGCUGUCACGUCGUUGUACCAGCUUGGUAAUUGGAUCCCAGCCUUGCUUCAGCAGUGGGCGUGUCAGGAUCAUGGGUGUGGCUUAGCACAGGUUGUCUUCCAGAGUGCGCCUACUUCAUAUGACUCGAAGGAAAUCUCCAAUCAGAUCAGUGCACCAAUUGUGCUGAAGCGUCUGGAUGCAAGAUACGAUUGGCUUCCUUCCGUGGACAAGUUUGGCAACCAGACAAUUCCCGUGGUCCCCGCCGAAAAUGGCUGUAAACCUGACAGCAGAGUGGCCAAGAAGAUCGCCGUAGUGAUGGCAGGAAGCUGCAGUUUCUCGACAAAGGUCACCACAAUGGAGCAGUCUGGUGCAGCAGGGGUCAUUGUCUAUGCAGACCAGGGCCAGCCCGUGCAAGAUAUGAACUGUGAAGGUGCUGAAUGUGAUUCCCCACCUGCUAUACCAGCUACCAUGGUCCCCUUCAAUCAAGAUUUGGUCACGCGGUUGCAAAAGGAGAAGCUGUACGUAUCUUUCCAGACUACUCCAACGGACAAUUUUUACUUUGGGAUCAAUGCAGAGGGGCUGCUUCAAGAGAUGGGCUGGCUCUUGUACCCCUCAUUUCAGUUCUUCAACUGGCAGGCAGAGUGGUUCAACUACAAGUCUUCCCUCCUGCGUAAUCUCUCCAGCGAAGCGCUCGUGAUCCCGGUCAUCAAGAAUUCCCUCAUGCAAGGCAAUACAGGAGUUGUGAAAGCUAUCCAACUUCCAUCAUUACUGAAGUUGUCCCAGUACAACAAAUUUGAGCUUGAUGCAUCCCUGUCUUGCCCUGGAACAAAAGACGAGAGUUGCCCACCCUGGGAUCACACUGUGCACCUCUACCUCUGCUGUAAUGAAACCUCCCCUUUAUGUAACAUGGAGCUAGGCAGAUGGAUCACUCCAUUCAGGAGACGGAUUGGCCGAUGGUUGACCGAUGUAUCACCCUUGUUUCCUCUCUUCACCUCGGACACGUGUAACUUCACAAUGAAGACGGUUCCCUGGGCAAAAGCCUGGGAACCAUCCCUUAAUUUACGUUUUUCCAAGGACAGCUCAGGAGGUACACUGAGACCCUACAACAUCACGCCCUUGUUCCGAGGAGGAACAUUUGACAAGAACUACAACAAAAAGUACAAACCACUUUUCUUCACAGUGCCUUCUGAUGUAAAAAAGGUGCAAGUUUUUGCUGUGAUCACGGGGCACGGUAGUGAUAACAAUGGCUGUGGGGAAUUUUGCGUCACUUCGCAUCACUUUGUCAUCAAUGGACACCAUCAUAACAUAACAUUCAGUAAUGCUGGCACCGAACUGGGCUGCGCCAUGCGAACACCAACCGGGGUGGAGCCCAACGAGCACGGCACUUGGCUGUACGGCCGCGAUGGAUGGUGUGACGGCAGGGAAGUGGACCCUUGGGUCUUCGAUGUCACCGCCCAAGUGACGAGUGGGCAAAAUAACAUCACAUACUUUGGCUGGUUUGAGGGCAAGGAUCCCAACCCUACCGGGACCCCUGGGUACAUCAUUAUGUACUCAUAUCUGGUAUUCUAUAAAUAAUUUCUGUGGAAAAAGGUGAACAGGUGACAUUGUUAUACCUUGAAUACUUGUAUUUUUAUUGGUCCCUAGGGGUUAUGUCACUGGUCAGUGAAACUGCAUAUUAUUCUCGUGGUUAUGCAUAUCACGUCGUGAUAUCAUAGACUGGUCCCCACUUGUGCAGUUGAUAGCAGUAAACUGUAGUCGGAGCAGUGCCUGCAAUAGACUGGGCUGUGUACAUGUACAUGAAAGGAUCAGCUGUUGAUGGAACCCUUCAAUUUUUUGCUAAUGGCUGAUCUUUGCCAUGGAGUGAUUCUGCAUCAAAUAUAUUCACUUAAAUUUCAUUUCUAUGUAUUUUUAAAGUUCCUUAAAAAUGUUUUUAGGAGGUAAAGAUAUUGCUUGCAGCAAGACAUGUGCCACCAGCACAAGUAAAAUGACAUACUGAGUCCUUUCACUUAACAAAAAUUACUGUGCAGCAGUGGACCAAGACUCUCGUCAUUUUGACAAAGUUUGAAUUACUUUGGCCUGUGGAGAUUAUUACAGAGAAUGAGCCAAUUUGGUAUCCCACAGUGCAUACCCAUCUGAGACUAUUUGGUAACAGCAACAGGCGUGUGCAGUAAUCUGUCCUAUCAGCAAAGGCGUACACCAACUCAAGCACAUGCUUUGUUCCCAGAAGACCCUGGAAUACCAAACUGGCUCAUAAAGACAGAGGUAUUAAAAAACAAUUAUUGACUUUUGUGAUGUGGGAUAUGAUGUUUUUCACACCCUCGGGGAACCGCAGUGCCCUCAUCUUCACCUUAAAUUUCACGAGUCCCUCAGUUGCUAAAACAUCAUAUCCCACAUUACAGCAAUCAGUAAUUAACUAUUGGGUUGUGUAGUCUUGUAUGUAAAUUCUGAAUUUUCAGAGUUGCAGCUAGUACUUCAACUAUCAACUUUACUGUCAUUAAGAUGGCUUGGUACAGAAAAAUGUAUUUAAUACAGGCACUAGACAGUAAAUAUGGUUACUUUACCAGAAGAAACGAAAGGCUUUAGACAAUCAAAAUUUUGUACCAACUAAAGUUUUCAAAGACAAAAGAAUUCAGGAAGCAUUCACCAAGAAUUUUUCAAUACCUGUAGAGCCUGUCUGUUCCAAAGGUUUCAUGAAAUAUUUCAAAUAUCCAAAGUUUGCUAUAGUGACUUUGUUUUUUCAGUGUUGACUUUAUCUGCCAUGCACUGCAACGUCUCUGUCUUCUUGAUCACAGCUAACAAAUUAGAUUUCAGUCAAUAUUUUAAGUUAACAAAAUGCUCAAAAAGAAAUUACAUCUCUCCUACUUUUGACUGUUUUUAGCAGCAAUAUUUUGAAACAAACUUCCGUUGACCUAAUAUAAGCAAUUCACUACACAGUACACCACCAACAGUGCAUAUAAUCACUUCCUCACUUUUACCCAUGGUGUUGUCACAGGUUCAGAGGGGCACGUGUAAUCUGUGGUAAUAAAUUGACAAUCCCAGGAUAUUCCUGAGGUGUCCUGACCAGGCCAAGAGGUCAUGAAGUAAUUAAAUUUCCGAAUAAAUUCUGUUUAAAUCUGUGGCAUUCUACUCCCACAUUUCUUGACUUCCUUUCACAGAACUUACCCGACUUGAGCCAGUUUGUCAGGCAAACAACAGAAGUCAUGACACCUUUUCACGAGUACAGUAGAAGAAACUGUCAAGUCCUCUUUCAUUUCACUGAUGGUGUUCUUUUCUCUGAAAUUUGCCCCUUUUGCUUUAGUUUUCUUGAAUGGAAUUUGAGCUGCUGUGGUGUGUCUUGAACUGGGAGAUGAUGUGAUUGAUUUCCUCAGAAUGGAUCGGUUACUGAAACCAAUGGGGAUAGCCAUGAUGACUUGAUCAGCUGAAAGGCUGCCUCGAAAUGCAUGUAAAAAUGAACUGGAAGGACAGACUGUCAUGCAUGUGAUGUGGGACUGUGGGUGCCUCAACUCUUUCAUCUUUUUUAGUAACUCCUCUGUUGUCUGUUGCACUUUGACAGAAUUCCCGAGGUUAUUUCCAUUUUCGAUGAUUUCCACUUCUUUCAACAUACCUCUGUGAGGUUUACCCAGGCUGUUUUGCAAGUGUGUCUGAUGAUGUAUGCAGGUACAAGCCACAAAGUGCGUGUGUUUAUGACAUCUUCUCUGACAACACAACACAUAUACAUGUCGUGCUGAACCCAUUUACAUGCAUGCACAUCUUGCAACCAUAAGCAAGAGAGCUUACAGGAGAGUUGACACUGAUCGUCACCUCUUGACACAACGUAAUCUUGACCAUCACUGGACCUUUAUUUUCAGUUGGCCUGUCAAUCUGGAGUUAUGGUGUACAAAUUCAUCUUCAGACUGGCCCCAUGUCAUGUGUUUACAUGUUUACAUGCAUGUCCUCUUGUCAAAGUUUGCGUGGUAGCACAAUAUUUAAAGUAAAUAAGAAACCCGGCACUAAAUGCGCAUGCCAGGCUUGAGCAAUUAAGUGAUGAAGUGCCAGAAGAAGCGCCAUCUCUCACCUUUGGAUAUUUGUAUUUUGAUAUGAGGGAGUCAAGGAUGUCGACCCCACUCAUGAGACGAUGGUACUGCUGGGCUAUUUUUGGCCGUUAGAUGUCUAUAUGCAUCUUGAGGCUUCCCUCACAGCACGCCACCUUGUCAGUGCUGAGGCUCCACAAAUGAUAACACCAAAGAGACAGCUUUGUUGUCAUACCAUCUUACUGCUACCUCAUUCUGCAAGAACUCCACAGGUACAAAGUCAUCAGCCACGUUAAAGUCCAGCUUUAAUCAGUUAAAUAAUACUUUGUAGGGGAAGGUCAUUUCUCUGUAUGUUACAUCAGACCUCGGUGGAAACUUGUGGACUGUAUUGUUAACUGUACGCAUGAAGUCUAAUUCUUAUCAUAGGGAUAUAAGUGCUCCGAUUGUUUUUGGCUUUCCUAUAUCCUUAAUACAGGCCUGUAUGAGAGAAUCAUGAUCCGGUGCAAUCUGCCAGUCAUUACGUGCUACUAAUUUGAAUACAGUAGAAUACUCAGGUCUUUGUACUUGUAUAUCAGUAUUCAUUGUAUUUAGCUUCAUGUAUAACUUGGGCUUUCAGCUGUGGCAAUUGAGCCGGGAUUCAAAGAUAUUUUGUUGAGGUGAAGUCCAACAGAUAAUUGAUAUCAUUUGUCCUGAUCCUGCUUUUAUGCAAAUCCAAACAGACGAGCCAUACAGUGUUGAUAUAGCCUCGGAAUAUCUGUAUAUAUUUUUGCUCAUUUGAAUGGAGGCUGGCGUAUACGAUAUUCAGUAGAGGUAAAGCAUCGCCUUUUAAAGUCUUGUAACCACUUUUAUAUUGUUUCUCUGUGUAUAGGAACAGUAUUAAUUUUGUAAUUGGUUUUGGUGUCGAAAUGUUUAAAGAAUCAUGAGCAAUUAGACUCAAAAUGGCCCUCGAGGGAGAAAAAGAGAGUGUAUAGCAACAUGAUAUUGGGCACAUAUUCUUGAGAAUGUGGGGUUGAGAGUCUCAGGUUGUCAGGGACAAAAAUUCCGGGGAUGGGGGCAUAUAUCCCCCACACUUUUUGGCCGGGAAAGGGCUGUUUAGUCAUCCCCCACAUUUUCUUGGUGAGAAGUACAGAAAUGUAUCCAUUAGCACUGAAAACGGGAGACAAGGGAAACAAAAGGGCUACAAAUAAGCUGUUUUGAUGUAAGGUUCAGGGGGUCAAUAUACGUUUUAAAGGUGUACACCUGCAUCCUGAAUUGUGCCCCGUAGGGCCACAUGGUCGUCAGCACCCCCCCCCCCGGUUUACAAAUUUCCAGGCACAAAUUUGUGCCCCUUGAGUUUGUUUUAAGAUGAGCUUUUGGAGUGUUUGACCUGGAAUGAAAUUCGUAGCAGAAUUCUGAAAUACAAUGUCUUUAACUUAAUUCAGGAUUUGUCAAAAAGGUUAAAUUAUUACUCGAGUUAGACUUGCAUUUGCUCUUUCUUAUUUUCAUGAAUAUGUAAUUAAAUUUAAGCUCCGUCAAUAAAAACAGAGUCGCCGGGGUGGUCUUAUGGAGUAUUGUGAAAUGUCCCAACAUUGUUCCUAUUGUGAGAGCUAGAGAUGGACUGUGAAAACAGAAGCAAUCCCCGUGGGCCUAAGCUGGAACAGAAAACAAUCAUAAACUUGCGCGUGGUAAUAGUUUUAGGAAUUCUGAAACGUCAAGCAGGCUUUUUAGUCUGACAAUGAUGAUACGGUGGAGGUACAUGUGGGAAGUUGGCUUAAACCUGAAUAACUAAAUACUUCAGAAAGGAACCUUGAAAUAACUUCUGACAGUAUUCAGUAUCUGGGUAUCCUGUAUGACCAGCCACAGUGAAUGAGCGACCCCAACAAUAUUUAAUUAGAAAUGUGUUGCUCUUAAGUAUUGUCCAUCACUGUGCAUGAAGAGUUUUGACUUUAACUGUAGGUUUUC